UGUAGCCUCCCCAUGGACCCAGGUCGGUGCGAAAGCUACCAGCCCAUGUUCUACUACUCACCCAGCAACAGGACUUGUCAGAUGUUCAUUUAUGGCGGCUGCGAAGGAAACGGCAACCGGUUCCCCACUCAAGAGCAGUGUCUUCGGACCUGCAGAAACCCAGAUAUCUGCAAGCUCCCAGAGGACAGCGGCAGCUGCAAUAACCACAAGCUCAGCUACUACUACAACUACGCCAACAAAACCUGCGAGCGCUUCACCUACCACGGCUGCGAUGGCAACGAGAACCGGUUCCGGACACUGGAGCAAUGCCGGAGCACCUGUCUGUACCCUGAGAUCUGCAAGCUCCCGGCAGACCCUGGUCCCUGUGAUGCCUACUUCCCCAUGUUCUACUAUAACCACCGCAACCAGUCCUGCCUUCCCUUUGUAUACGGAGGCUGCGGGGGAAACCGCAACAGGUUCGAGACUCUGGAGGGAUGCCAACAGCAGUGCCGGAACCCGGAUAUCUGCGUGCUGCCCCGGGAUUCGGGUCCGUGUCUCGAUUACUCCCUCAUGUACCACUACUCUCCGUCGAAGGAGACCUGCUUGCCCUUUCCCUACGGAGGCUGCCAGGGCAACGCCAACCGGUUUGCUACCACGGAGGAAUGCCUGGACACCUGCGGGAGCAAAGAUAUCUGCAAGCUCCCUGUGGAUUCUGGCCCCUGCUUAGCCCUCUUCCCCAAAUUCUAUUACAACCCGCAAAACAAGACUUGCGAGAUGUUUAAUUACGGAGGCUGCGGAGGGAACGACAACCAGUUUGAGACCCAGAUGGAAUGCAUUUGGAGAUGCCGCAACCCAGAUAUCUGUAAGCUGCCUAAGGAGAAAGGCCCCUGCAAGGCAGCCAUGCCCAGGUACUAUUACAACCCCGCCACUAAAACGUGCCAAGUGUUCAUUUACGGAGGCUGCGAGGGCAACGAGAACCGGUUUGAAUCUCUCUCGGAAUGUGAGCACGCCUGCAAGAAGCCGGAUAUCUGCCGGCUGCCCAGCAACCCCGGAGAGGGGGACGACUCCAUCCACCUGUUUUACUACAGCCGCCUUGGAGCAGGCUGCUACCCGUUCACCUACAGAGGCCACAAGGGCAACGCCAACAGGUUUGCAACUCUGGUGGAAUGCGAGGAGACCUGCAGGGACCCAGAUAUCUGCCAGCUUCCCCAGAAGCCGGGUCCCUGCAACACCUACGUCCAAAGGUUCUACUUCAACUCCACCAGCAGAGAGUGCACCGCUUUCGACUACGGCAACUGCAGGGGGAACCUGAAUAACUUCCCCACCGAAGAGGAAUGCCAGCUGGCCUGCAAGGGCGCAGAGAAGCCCGGCUUCUGCCCCCCUCCGGACCCUGCCGAUUGCCUGAUGACCUGCCAGAAGGACUGUGACUGCCCAGGGGGCAAGAAGUGUUGCAGCAACCAGUGUGGUCAAGUGUGCAAGGAGCCCGUGAAAGGUAACACUUAAUCUCUGCAGUGCAUUUCUAAGAACUUGGAUCGUUUCGUGUGGCAGCACCGACACUUUGGAACUCCCUGCCUCUUGAUUAUCAGGCCGGCAUCUUCGUUGUAUUCUUUUCAGCGCCUGCUGAAGACAUUUAGACAAGCCUACCCAGAUGUUCAGAAAGUUUGCAUGAGUUGUACUUUGUUGCCUGUU